GAUUACAGCAGUCUGCACUCAACUUGCAUCAAGCCCAACAUGGAGCCCCUUGGCAUUGCGCCCAAAUUGUGAAAAGAAGUCUGCAUCUGUCAAAAGCAAGAAGCACCAAAACGAAUCAACACAGUCGCUUUUCCACUGACGGUUUGAGAGGCAUAGAGCGGCAGGGAAAACGAUGAAUUCAUUCACUUUUGCCACCCAGCCCCAGCUCAUCAAUCCCUCAGUCAUGAACGCAGCGACUAUAAAAAAGGAGAAUGUGUCGGAAGAUCCACCUAAACCUGCAACAUUUUACCGAGAUACCUCCAUCCGGCGUGUCGAUGAUGAGGACACAAAAGAAGGUGUGAAGCUGGAAGGACUAAAAGACACAGGCCUGGGUGAUAAAGGAGCAUUGGAUGUGCAUGUAAAGAAGGAAGAGGUGGAGGAGGAGGAGCAAGGGAAGGAGGAUUCAAAUACAAAUGAACCAAGUGUAGACAUUUAUAUCAAUAACGUUGUGUGUGCUUUUGGUGUGAGAUGCCAUCUAAAUCUACGGAGGAUAGGGCAGUAUGGUUCCAAUGUGGAAUACAGGAGAGAAUAUGGGAAAGUAAACAUGAGGUUCCGCCGUCCGUCCGCAACUGCUACCAUCUGGUCUUCAGGCAAAAUCACCAUCACAGGCAAUGAUAGUGAAGAACAUGCUAAGAAGAAUGCAAGGAGAUGUGCAAGGGCAUUGCAGAAAUUGGGUUUUAAUGUUCGGCUUUCAAAGUACAAGGUUGUAAACGUUUUAGGAACGUGCUCGAUGCCGUUUGCUAUACGAAUCAGGGAUUUCUCUGAAAAACAUCAAAAUAGUGCAAGUUACGAGCCUGAGCUCCAUCCUGCUGUCACCUACAAGCUCUACCAACCCAGGGCAACUCUUAAGAUCUUCUCUACAGGUAGCAUCACAGUCACAGCCCCAGCUGUAGGCAACAUCAGCGAAGCCAUAGAAUUUAUAUACCCCUUGGUUGAAGCUCAUAGGAUGCCACUCAGCGAGGCGACUAUACAGAAGAGACUAGCCAGAAAGCGCAAAUGGGACGGAGAUGUCGAGGAAGAUGAAGAGAACACAGACGAUGAGUACGCCAAUGAGGGCGCCAAAGACGAAGACGACGACAGUGACGAGUGUUCAUCGGAUGACAGCAGUUGAAAGAGGAAUGGACAAUUAGCAGCUGUAGAGCGCUGCCAUCAGGGUAGACGUUGAAGAAAGAGGCUUUUCUGUAUGUCGCUCAUCUCAAACUAUUUUCCUGUUUCGAUGCAGAAAGCCACAGGGUAGCUUGUGAUUGGUGAAUGCCGAGAAACGACUGGUGUGGUCCUACGUUGGACAUCCUCAAGAGAAGAUUCUUUUAGCAAUUGGAUGAAACAGACGCACAACAGAGAAAGAUUAUAAGCCUGAAUUCACCACCGUUUGAUUUAUCCCAUGGUCUACCGCAUGGUUGGUUAAAACCUUCACCAUGGACUAAGAUUAUGAAUAAGCCUAUAGGAGUGUAUACAAUUUAAAUUGCCUGACUAUUGCACAUGAUAUACUUCUGGAGGCUUAUAAAAUGGGGUAAAGUGAGUCUCUUACAUGGAUUCUGCCCUGCAUAUCCAAAAGCCCUCUGACUAGAACCCUACGGUGAGAAG